AGAAGAGAGAUGAUGGGAACGAGGUACGACCCUGAACUCUGGCUUUCCAUCGGCGGCGAGGCCGUCGCCAGCGCCGCCCGCAACCGGAGACUGCGCAGGGCGGAGUCACCGUUAAGAUACUCAACAGCUUAUCGGCAGCAGCAGCUACAACAUAAGCAGCAGAUGACGAUCUUCUACAACGGCCAGGUAUGCGUGUGUGACGCCACGGAGAUGCAAGCGAGAGCAAUCAUAGGAAUGGCGGAGAAGGAGACGGAAGCGAUGAUUGGAAAGAAAAGACGAAUGAACAAACAUGAUCGGCAGCAACAGCAGGAAGCCAUGGCGGAGUCUACUACAGCUCUUCCUCUGCCUCUGCCUCCCUCUCCGUCUCCUGAAAGCUUGCUGCAGGUUCUGAACCCAGAUCUGUCGAUGAGGCAGUCGCUGCAGCGGUUUUUGGAGAAGAGAAAGGGUAGGAUUAGUGAAGUAACUCCCUACGAACAGACGCCUAAAUUGUUGUUCCCACUUAAACCUCAGCAUGCAUGAUAAGUGCAUCUG